UGUCAGAACGUAAAUAAAUACGGUACCGUACUAAUGCGGUCGGUUUUUUCGGAAUAUCAGUAAGUUAUAUCGUGUAAGCUUGUUUAUUUCGACCCAUUGGGUUACAAAUGGCUAGUAAGAGUAGUGAUUAUGAUGUAAGUGCUAUUUCAAAAAAACCUUUAAAGCUGAAAAGCGAUUCCGGUAAAGUUCAUAAGAAGAAAAAGAAGAAGAAAGACAAAAAGAAGAAACUGGAGAAAGUUGACGUGAAGGCCAUUCAGUACCAAGAUCCAACUUCAGGACCAGCUGCUCCGAAGUACAAAACAUUGACACCGGCAGAAGAAAAAUUUAAGCGAGUGCAGGAGAAAAGACAAAUGGACCGUAUAUUGAAGAAAGCCUCAAAAGGACACAAAGAAAGAGUAGAAGAGUUUAAUAGACACCUUGAUUCAUUAUCUGAGCAUUAUGAUAUACCUAAAGUCAGUUGGACUAAAUAAAUUAAGCCACACCAGUGUACCAACUCUCUCAUAAAAACACUUGAUAGAUCCAUGCAUCUGUUUACUUACUUUGCUGCCAAUACCUUGGCCUUAUUACUGUAUCAAGAAAUAAUUUUUUUCAUGUACAGACAGAUAUGGCUGACUUCUAACAUAAAAGUUGAUACAAUGUUGAAUCAAGUUUGGUGGAGUCUUUGUCACUGGCUAGAAACUAAAAAAUUGCGCAUGAUUUUUGAAAAACAAAUUUUCGUGAUCUAUCUAUCUUAUUUGAAGCAUGUUUGGCUGGUAAUUAGUGAUGAGCAAAAUGACUAUUGUUGACUGACAACUUGAAUAUCUGAGAAAAUAUUCAGCCAGCCAUCUGAUUCUGACAUAAUUUGUUUUUAUUGAGGGCAAAAUUAACAUUUUAUAGGAAAUUUUUGUUGCAAGAAUUGAUAACAUCGUCAUAUGUAGAAUUACUACAAAAGUGAUUUAUUUUCUGUUUUGAGAGUUUUUAUUUAAAAGCUCUAAAUUUCCAUGAUAAUACCCUAAGUAUACCCAUUCAAAUGGGUUGAUUACUUUCCUUACACAGCCAAUUUGUUGCUAUACCAACAUAUAUUGUUUGCUUUGUUAUUACUAUAUCAUGUUUUUAACUUAAUUUUUAUUGAUAUUAAAG